UCGCUUAACGUCAUAUGCAAAACUCCAGUUUUGUCACUGAAAGAAGUGACAACCGCAGAAAGAAUUGUUGGCGUUCGAGUAUAUUGAAUCCAUUCGUUGUUGGCGCCUUGAUAGCCCUCGACCAUAGGAGAAGAGUUGUAAAAUGCCCAAGGAACGGCAUACUUCACCCGACGCUUAGCAUUACGGAGUUGAGUCGAGUCUUGGAACUUGAAUAUGUUGCCAAAAGCAGUUGCCUCACCACCAUUAGCGACCUAUCAAAUUAA